AUGAAGUCGUCCACUCUUUUCAGCCUGGCCUCGGCCGUUGCCUUCGCUAGCGCAUCGCCUGUCUUUCCCGCUCAUGGUCACAACGGCCACAAUGGAACCUUUUCUAAUUCCACUUGCACUUCUAUGAACCAGAGAAAGGCAUGGCACACUCUGGAGAACCAGGAGAAAUCCGACUACCUUCAGGCCGUCAAAUGCUUAUUCGAAUCACCCGCCAAGACGGGCAUCAAGGGUGCGAAGACAAGAUGGGAUGAACUUCAAAGUUGCCACGUCGAACAGUCGAACUUCAUUCACGGAGUUGGAGCCUUCCUUCCUUGGCACCGCCUCUUCCUUCGUCUCCACGAAAUCCUUCUCCAAGAGGAGUGCGGAUACACUGGUGCUCUGCCUUACUGGGACGAGCAGCGCGACCUUGAGGUGUUUGGAACUGUCGAGAAGGCCUCUGUUUGGGGCUCUGAUGAGUUCAGCUUCGGAACCAACGGUGUCAACACCACUCAAGGCACCAACUGCGUCAUUGAUGGCCCUUUCGCCAACACCACCCUUCGCAUGGACCAGGUCUACGGCAUCGACUACUAUGACGAAUACUGCCUCUCUCGCGAGUUUAACCAGACUGCCUUUACUUUCGCCAACCAGUCCUACGUCGACGAGUGCUACGUGAAGGAGACUUACAACGAGGCCAACUUCUGCUACGUUGAUUCCCCUCACUCUUGUGGCCACCUUGCUACUGGCGGCACCAUGGAGAACCAAAACGCCAGCCCUGGUGACCCGAUCUUCUUCUUGCACCAUGCCAACUUGGAUCGCCUCUGGUGGGACUGGCAACUCGCGAACCUCUCUUCGCGCCUCACUGAUAUGAGCGGUCAGCUCAUCCCUCCCACCUUCAUCAUGGAGCAGAACCGCUGGCUCACGCCUUCUGCGGCCUACCUCGACUACGACGGUGAUGCAGGCAACGACACCACUCUGAACCACGUUUUGUGGAUGGCUGAGAUCAUCCCUAACAAGACUAUCGCUGAUGUGAUGGAUCUGAGAUCCGAGCUCCUUUGCACGGAGUACAUCGUUGCUGAGAAAUAG